UGGAGCUGUGCCUAGCCAACCAGCUUGCCUAGUUUCAUUUUCUAAUCCUUUGUUCUCUGUGUGUGGGGCAGGGGGUAUAAGGAAAAUUCCCAAAAUAUGGUAAGAAAGAAUCUUAUAAGAAACCAACACAGAUGAACCAAGAGACAGAACGCUUGCAACAUUCUCACUGAAGCAGCGUUGUUGCCAGCCCUGAAAGACUUUAUAGUAAAGACAAGGUCACACCCUGGCCAUGGCCUCCGAGAUGCACAUGCCAGGCCCAGUGUGCCUCAUUGAGAACAUCAGCGGGCAACUGGUAGUGAACCAGGAAGCUCUGAAGACCCUGUCUGCCUUCACACAGCCUCUGGUCGUGGUGGCCAUUGUGGGUCCCUACCGCACUGGCAAAUCCUACCUGAUGAACAAGCUGGCCGGGAAGAAAGAGGGCUUCUCUGUUGACUCCACGGUGCAGUCUCACACCAAGGGCAUCUGGAUGUGGUGUGUGCCUCAUCCUGAGAAGCCAGACCACACCCUCGUUCUGCUUGACACGGAGGGACUCGGAGAUGUGGAGAAGAAUGACAAGAACAAUGAUACUCAGAUCUUUGCACUGGCGAUACUACUGAGUAGCACCUUUGUUUACAACACCAUGAACAAAAUUGACCAGAGGACCAUCGAUUUACUGCAUUAUGUAACAGAGUUGUCCGAUCUGCUCAGAAGAGUAUCUUCAACGGAUCUUGAUGGGGUUGAAGAUGCAGUUGAUGCUGUGAGCUUCCGUCCAGACUUAGUGUGGACUCUGCGAGAUUUCUACCUUUCCCUGGAAGCAGAUGGGCAACAGAUCACAGCAGAUGACUACCUGGAGAAUUCACUGAAGCUGAAAGAAGACACUGAUCAAAGUCAUCAAAAUUUCAAUUUGCCCCGUCGUUGUAUACAGAAAUUCUUUGCAACAAAGAAAUGCUUUGUCUUUGACCAGCCCAUUCACCGGAAGAAGCUUGCCCAGCUUCAGACACUGCAAAACGAUGAACUGGAUCCUGACUUUGUGCAACAACUGGCAGAUUUCUGUUCCUACAUCUUUCACCAUUCCAAGACUAAGUCUCUUUCAGGAGACAUCAAGGUCAAUGGACCUCAUCUAGAAAGCUUGGUGCUGAAAUAUGUCAAUGCCAUCAGCAGUGGGAAGCUGCCCUGCAUGGAGAACUCAGUCGUGGCCUUGGCCCAGAUCAAGAACUCAGCCGCAGUACAAAAGGCCAUUGCCCACUAUGACCAGCAGAUGGCUGGGAAGGUGCAGCUGCCCACAGAAACCCUCCAGGAGCUGCUGGACCUGCACAGGGACAGUGAGAAAGAGGCCAUCGAAGUCUUCAUCAAGAAUUCCUUCAAGGAUGAGGACCAAAGGUUCCAGAAGGAAUUAGGGACCUUGCUAGAAGAAAAACAGAACCACUUUUGUAAGCAGAACGCGGAGGCCUCAUCGGAGCGUUGCUCAGCUUUACUUCGGGAUAUUUUUGGUCCUCUAGAACAAAAUGUGAAGCAGGGGAUUUAUUCAAAGCCAGGAGGGCAUUGCCUCUUCAUUCAGAAGACAGAAGAGCUGAAGGCAAAAUACUAUCAGGAGCCCAAGAAAGGAAUACAGGCUGAAGAAGCUCUGCAAAAAUAUUUAGAGUCCAAGAAGUCUGUGAGUGAUGCCAUUCUACAGACGGACCAGGCUCUCACAGCGAGGGAAAAGCAGAUGCAAGAAGCACGUUUGAAAGCACAGGCUGCAGAGGCUGAAGCACAAAGGUUGGCGGAAGCUCAAAGGCAGCACCAGCAAAUGAUGCAGCAGAGGGAGAGAGAGCAUCAGGAGCACCUGAGACAAAUGGAGAUCAUCAGAGCCCAACGUCAGGCAGAAGCGCAGAGGGCUUUGGAACGCCGGCUCCAGGAAGAGGCUGAAAAGCAGAAGGCAAUGAUUCAAGCUGAACAGAUGAGACUUCAGAACGAGGUCCUGAGGCUACAGCAGAGCAUCCGCUCACACAAUGAUGAUUGCUUCCCUCUGGGAUCCACGGUGAGGUCUGAAACCAAGGGCAUCUGGAUGUGGUGUGUGCCCCACCCCUCCAAGCUCAACCACACCCUGGUCCUUCUGGACACUGAGGGCCUGGCCGAUGUGGAAAAGAGCGACCCUGAAAAUGACUCGUGGAUCUUUGCCCUGGCCGUGCUCCUGAGCAGCAUGUUUGUCUACAACAGCGUGGGCACCAUCAACCACCAGGCCCUGGAGCAGCUGCACUACGUGACUGAACUAACAAAGCUGAUCAGGACAAAAUCCUCCCCCAGCUCUGGUGAAGUGGAUGACUCAGCUGAGUUUGUGAGUUUCUUCCCAGUUUGGGCUGUACGGGAUUUCCUGCUGGAGCUGAAGUUAAAGGGACGCACCAUCACUGAAGAUGAGUACCUGGAGAAUGCCUUGAAGUUGAUUCCAGGUGAGGAUCCUAAAAUCCAGAAAUCCAACAUGCCUAGAGAGUAUAUCAGAAAGUUCUUUCCAAGGCGUAAGUGCUUUGUCUUUGACUGGCCUACAAAUGACAAAAAAUUAUUGCAACAUAUGGAGAAGGUGUCAGAAAACCAACUAGGAAGGGAAUUCCAGGAACAAUACAGAACUUUCUGUACCUAUAUCUUCACACAUGCAAAAACCAAGACCCUAAGACAGGGAAUCACCGUCACUGGAAAUGGACUCGGGACUCUGGCAAAGGCCUAUGUGGAUGCCAUCAACAGUGGAGCUGUGCCUUGUUUGGAGAACGCGGUGACAGCACUGGCUGAGCUUGAGAACUCAGCAGCUGUGCAGAAGGCGGCCGAUCACUACACUGAGCAGAUGGCCCAGCGAGUGAGCUUCCCCACAGACUCGCUCCAGGAGCUGCUGGACCUGCACGCAGCCUGCGAGAGGGAAGCCAUUGCCAUCUUCAUGGAGCGCUCCUUCAAGGAUGACAAGCGGGAAUUCCAGAAGAAGCUUGUGGAAACCAUAGAGAUGAAGAAGCAAGAUUUUUUGCUUCAGAAUGAACAGGCAUCUGGCAAGUAUUGCCAGGCUCAGCUUGAGCAGCUUUCAGAGCCCUUGAUGGAUGAUAUUUCAAGAGGAACUUUCUCUGUGCCUGGGGGACACAACCUCUACUUAGAAGCAGUGGAAAAGUUGGAACAGUCCUAUAACCUGGUACCCAGGAAAGGAGUGAAGGCAAAUGAGGUCCUCCAGACCUUCCUGCAGUCACAGGCCGCAACAAAGGAAUCCAUCCUGCAGGCAGACCAAGCCCUCAGUGCUGAGGAGAAGGCUCUGGCAGCUGAGUGUGCCAAGAAUCGGGAAGCUGAGAAGGAACUGGAUCUACGAAGACAGAAAGAGAAGGAACAGCAGAAAAUUUUGGAGGCUCAGGAGAAAACCUUCAAGGAAAACUUAGCGCAGCUGAAGGAGAAGAUGGAGAGAGAACAGGAAAUCCGCCUGAGAGAGCAGGAAAGUAUGCUGGACCUCAAGCGCAAGAUCUCUGAAGAACUGCUUAAUGAAGGAUUUAAGGCGAAAAAUGAGGAGAUGCAGAAAGAGAUAAAUCAACUAAAAGAAGAGAAGGAAAGAAAUAAUGUCAAUAAGGCCUCCGAUAUUGCACAGAUACUUGAUGUGGCUACCACUGUCUUAGCAGCCGUACUACCUUGGCCUCUUAACAUAAUUGUUAUAGCGCCUAAAGUCAUCAGUUUAGUGGAGAUAUAUCUCAAUUUGAAUAAGUGAGGAAAUUCAUCAGUUUCCUUACACGUUCUUAGAAUUUAUCUUAAGUAUAUUUUAAAAGGCUUCUUAUGUUAUAAUAGUGUGACAAUGUGGUUAAUUUAGGAAACAUGCUGGUUUCACUCACAAAAUGUUUAAAAAUGAAUGAUGAUUAAAAAGAAUAUCCGGGCCUGAUAACCAAAUGACACUUUAUUU